GGUCUACAAGAUAAAUAUAACGUGAUUUACUGCCGCACAUCUACGGAGGCCUUGGCAGUGCAUUGAAGCUUGAGGGUGUAAAGUUGCUUAGUAGUGCCAACUAUACAUUACCAUCACACAGGUAUUACAAUGGACUUCUUAUACCUAGUGUUCCAGCUAUUAUUUCUUUCAUCAAACAUAUUUAAGCUAACGUUGGCAGUAGACGAUGACCACCUGUACGACUUCGGUUCGAUCAACGAUAAAUUAUGUGAAGAUCCAAAUGAUGAGCUAUGUGUCUUUUGUAAUAGGUUUUCCAAACCUCCGUAUAUUAUCGAAAAAUUUACUGGCGUUCAACAGUUUAAGAUUGAAGUCAUGAAUCAUUUGAAUGGAAAGUUUCAUCAGCUAGGAAUUAAGGUGCUAGAAAAGGUACGACAACGUUACCAAAAGAGUAUAGAAGAGACCCGUAAUAUAAUUCAACGUUUGGAAGGUAUCACAAUGUAUAUCAACGAUUUGGACAAUUUUGAUGUUCCACCUUUAAGUGAGAGUGUUGAGCAUAUCAUGAACUGUAUCCUUAAUGCAGCAGCGUCGUACGUAAAGGAUUUGCAGUACCUCGCCACUGAACAGAAUAUAGAAAACAUAGCAGAUAUUCAAAAUGAGUUGCAUUCCAGAUUGAAAAAUAUAGCAUCCAUACCAAAAACAACAUUGGGAGAUUUGAUAGGUCAAAAGAAUUGUGACGCGUUGAUCGCGAACAUAGAAAGUGGCUGCGAAGGGUAUAUUAGCAAUGAAAGGGUAAUAGACAAAUCAAACGGAAUUAAUGAGCCAAAUAAACCUCCAAGCUCAAACAACAAGCACAGCAAUGACAAAAGACCAAGUAUUUAUGGACGAGUUGCGAAAAUUGCAACCGAACAAAAAAAAAUGAUGUGUACAUGACCACAAAGCGCACGCGCGAUA